GUGCAAGCAUGCGUCGGGAGCUCACAGAGGGCGCACCGGUGUCAGUUUCCUCCAGCCCUCCUUCGCAGCGGUGGCUCCUGCUCGUUGCGCGCAGCUGCGUCUCGGAGCAGGAAUUUUGGGGAGUGGAAAUUUCGCCGCGACUGUUUAGGCUCGCGUGGCGUCUGUGACAUUUCAGCCGUGGCGGUCAGAGGGAGCGGAGAGACGCGGACACACAGCCGUGCUGCUAAGCGGGAGAUUGGCGCUCCGAUGGUGAUCGAAGCUUAACUCGCCAUUCUUCUCUCAUUGUUUUUGAUAUUUCAAUAUUCAAGCUCUUGGAAACAAACAACACAUUCUUGUUGGAUAUCUAAAGUGAAAGAUUUGCGUCGUAAUCCAACGCGCACAGCUUCCACUUUGGCGGAUUUUUCUCUUCUUUUUUUAAAUCUGGAUUAUUAUUUCAGCAUUGUCUUUUUUCCAUGACAUGGUACUUGCACCCCAUCAGGGCUCAUUUUUGAAGCUCCCAAGAUGCUGAGGAUCCUACCACCGCCAGAGCUCUUACUUUGAGACAUUUUGCCUGUUUUCUCCUGACUCUCUGGACGGAAACUCUGUGGACAUUUGUUGCAAUUUUUCUUAUUUUUCAGAACAUCACCGGUGUUUUAAGGAUGCUUAGUGGAUUGCUUUUGUUCUUUUUCACUCAAGUCCUCUUGGUGUCUUCAUUGGCUCAGACUGAUAUAUGCGGGGGGAACAUAGUCAUCCACACUGCGGACUACCUGACCUCCCCGGGUUACCCCAGCGCGUACCCGCCCUCCCAGCAGUGCGUGUGGGUCAUAACUGCCCCGGAACCCAGCCAGAGGAUCCUAAUCAACUUCAAUCCGCAUUUCGAUCUGGAGGACAGAGAGUGCAAGUACGACUACGUGGAAGUCUACAACGGGGGCGAUGAGUUUUCGCCCAUGUUGGGGAAGUGUUGUGGGAAAAUAGCGCCGGCUCCGAUCGUCUCCACCGGGGGCCAGCUCCUCAUAAAGUUUGUUUCCGACUAUGAGACCCACGGGGCAGGCUUCUCCGUCCGAUACGAGGUUUUCAAAACAGGUCCAGAAUGUUCCAGGAAUUUCACAGCCCCCACGGGAGUCAUCAAGUCACCGGGCUUCCCGGACAAGUACCCCAACAAUCUGGACUGCACCAUCAUGAUCUUUGCCCCCAAGAUGUCUGAGAUUGUAGUGGAGUUUGACAGCUUCGAUAUGGAGCCCGAUACCACGCCUCCGCCAGGCGCCCAGUGUCGAUACGACUUCCUGGAAAUCUGGGACGGCUUUCCUGCAGUGGGUCCUCACAUCGGCCGGUACUGCGGCCAAACCUCACCGGGAAGAGUCAUCUCCUACACUGGAGUGCUGUCCAUGACCAUCACCACCGACAACGCCAUAGUCAAGGAGGGAUUCUCAGCCAAUUACACUAUUCGGGAGAGGAGACGCCCCCCUGGAUAUGAGGACAGCGAUUCCAGCUGUGACGAGCCGCUGGGAAUGGAGUCGGGGGAAAUCCCCUCAGAGCACAUCACAGCUUCCUCACAGUACAACUCCAACUGGUCCCCAGAACGCUCGCGGCUCAACUACCCGGAGAACGGCUGGACACCGUCAGACGACACCAUCCGGGAGUGGAUUCAGGUGGAUCUGGGGUUCCUGCGGUUCAUCACUGCCAUCGAGACACAGGGUGCAAUCUCAAAGGAGACCAGGAAGCGCUACUUUGUCCGCACGUACAAAGUGGACCUGAGCUCCAACGGAGAGGACUGGGUCACAGUGAAGGAGGGCUCAAAGCAGAAGAUCUUUGAAGGGAAUGUAAAUCCCACCGACGUGGCUCGAGCCCUCCUCCCCAAACCCACCCUGACUCGCUACAUUCGCAUCCGACCCAUGACCUGGGAGCAAGGCAUCUGCAUGCGCUUCGAGGUCUACGGCUGCAGGAUAUCAGAUUCCCCGUGUUCAGUGAUGUUGGGAAUGGUGUCAGGGCAGAUCACCGACGCUCAGGUCAGCGCCUCGUCCUACGCCGACCGUGGCUGGGUGGCUGAGAACGCCCGGCUCUUGACGGGCAGGUCCGGCUGGACUGGACAGCAAAUCAAGCAGCCCUUCAGGAACGAGUGGCUGCAGGUGGAUCUGGGCCAGGAUAAGAUGGUGAGUGGUGUGAUGAUCCAGGGCGGGAAACACCGCGACCGCAACGUCUUCAUGAAGAAGUUCAAAGUCGGCCACAGUCUGGAUGGCGAUCAUUGGACCUUCAUCAAGGAGGAGAACACGACCAGAGCCAAGGUUUUCACUGGAAACCAGAACCAUGAAACGCCAGAGGUGAGGACAGUUGGACUUCUGCGGACUCGUUUCGUCAGGAUUUACCCAGAGAGGGCCACCGCCGAGGGCAUCGGCCUCCGCCUGGAGCUGCUGGGCUGCGAGCUGGAGGACCUAACGAGCCCGGCUCCGCCCACCACGCCACUCGGCCCUACAUUUUUCGUCACCACCUUCGGCGCCACCACCACGGCCCCGACCACGGUGCCGAGCACCACACAGAGCUUGGACUGCCAUGAAGGUCAGCUGAACUGCGGCACGGAAGCGGAAGGGCUUGAUUUGGAUGAGACAGAACCAGGAGGCACCGCCACGGCCAACUCCGUCACCGACAUGCCAGCUUACGUCUGGUUCGCCUGCAGCUUUGACACGCCGUCGCUGUGCGGCUGGAACGGAGAGCGUAGCUCAGGAGCAGAAUGGGUCAUCCACACCAGCGAGGAGUCUGCCGUCCACAGAGGGCCCAUCUUUGACCACACAGGCAGACCUGGGAACUUCAUCCACAUGCAGCUGACUGACAGAGACGCUCCGAGUAAAACUGGUGGGGAGAACAAUGAGGAGGUCAGGGUGGCCAGGCUGAUCAGCCCCUCCAUCAACACACAAGACACCAGCCUCUGCAUGUCGUUUUGGUACCACUUGUCCACCGGACACAAUGGUGCGCUGCUUGUCAAGUACAGAAGGGAUGAGGAGGCGAUCCUGUGGGUCAGUGACAAACACAAGGGCAGCCGGUGGAGGGAGGGACGCGUUUCGCUGCCGAGGUCAAGCCACUCCUUCCAGGUGGUGGUAGAGGGCAUUGCAGACAGACACAGCACAGGCCACAUAGCUGUGGACAACAUCCAGAUCAUGGAUGGACUCAGCAGUGACGAUUGCAGGGAUCCAGAAGUCCCCACGUCUCCACCAACUGAGAUCCUGAUGCUCCCCAUUGACUCCUUCUCACAGGAUUCUGGUAAACCCAGCGGCCAGAGCAACAUGCUGGAGACCCUGGAUCCCAUCCUGAUCACCAUCAUCGCCAUGUCGGCGCUGGGUGUCUUCCUGGGCGCCAUCUGCGGUGUGGUGCUGUACUGUGCCUGCUCACAGGGCAGCAUGACAGACAGGAACUUGUCCGCCUUGGAAAACUAUAACUUUGAGCUUGUGGACGGCGUGAAGCUAAAGAAGGACAAAAUGAACGGACAGACGAAUAAUUACUCAGAGGCGUGAGUGGGACUCAAGGGGCGGAGCUGUGACUGCUCUGUGAUGGACAUGCAGCCAGUCAGGACAGAGGGAGGCGUGGCUGAAGCCAACAAUGGGACGGCAGGGUGGGCUGACAUUGAGCCGAUUCUAUUCUAAUUCUCAGGAGUGGCAGUGGAAGAGACUGACCUGUAGGGGGCACUGUGUAAAAAAUUUGUACAGCUAAAAAAAGAAAGAAAACUACAGAUUCUCUGUUUUUUGGACGUGCUUUGUUCAUGUAAUCACAUGCUGGUGUUGAGACCAAUUCAGAGGGGAGAAAUGGUUUUGUGUCGUUUUAUGAAAGGCCUUUCGUUUGUCGUUCAGACGUCGUCGUUUCACAGAAUGAGCAAAGCUUGUGAAACUUGGGCUCCUUAGCUGCUCAUACGUCCUGGUGAGAGUGUGAACGUGCACAUUUGCAUUGAAGGCACGUAGAUAGAUGAACACGUGAGGUGUGUGCUUGUGUGAGUGCGAGUGAAGCAGGCGCCAUCAGGCCCCGUUGACCUGCAUCCAGCUCCGGCAGUGCCUUUUUUCUUUAUUCCCACCCUCCAGUUUUUCUGUUGCCUUUGGUUCCGCUGGUUCUUUCCUCAUCAGCUGAAAGCUCCUUCACAGAAAGAGCAUCUGCAGACUGCGAUCAGAGCAGCGCUUCGAGGCUCCUGGUCUGUACAUCCUCAUGCCUUCUUGACGAUUGUUCUCACAUGGACUAAACUCUUGAACGAUCUUUAGCUUCUGGAAGCCAGAAGAAGUCGCGUCGGAGCUCCGAAAGCCUCAUUUUCAUGGCACAUGACACAUCCAACAGAUUGUACAUACGUUUUAAUAUAUUUGAGCACCCUCUUUUAUAGAAAAAGGAUCAAAGUGCUGCAGCAUCCUUUCCUUUCUUUGUGGAAAUGAAGCUCCUGGUUUGUUCCAGACGGAUGGUUACAAAGAGUCUUUUUUUCACCACAGGGUAAAACGGAAAACCUCAGCACCAGGAAAAUGGAUCAUGGGCCACAAUCAAGGUUCUUCUCUGUGUCUCAGAACAUUACUGUUUGAGAUUUAUCAGGAAGACUGCCCUAAAAAGACAUGAGGGGUUCAGAACUGGAUUUCUGGAUUAAAAACUCCUUGGAUUCUUCUCCUAAUGGAAAUGGUUGCAUUUUGAUGUUUUUUCUUCAUUAAAUUACUUGAAAUGAAGUGAAAGUGUCUUUGUUCAAAUUGGCAAAAAGCAAUUUUAAAACUUUUUGAGCAAUUAAAUUCCUCAAUCACUUUGUUUUACUUACUAAAAGCCAAUUCUGUUGUUAUUGGUGUUGAUUUUUUUAAGUAAUUAGCCUGAAUUUGAAUUUAAUUUACUCAAAAUUUACUGUGUUUUAAAUUUGCACAACAAAAAUGAACCAAAUCAGCCUCCAGACAGUCAUUGACUUCAUUUUAAAGUAGUUAUGAUUCAUCCUAUAGAGAAACUUGACUCUGUUUGGCCGCUGAAACUUUUCCUGGUUUUUCACUGCACUCACCUUCAGAGCAGAAAACUAAAGCAUUUGACAUGGUAGAAAAGAUGCUGCAGCACUCAAAGUGAAAACAAAUGUUGCACUGAUAUAUUUAAAAAAAACUCUAUGUGUUUAUAUUGUUGAUUAAGGAGAGAAGUGGUGGGGAGAGAACAGUGUUAUUGUUCCUUUUGCUUUUCCACAGUGUUAGAGCUCUAAAAUGUACAAUUUGCAGAGAUGGGUUUCAUUCUCAAAGCGUCUGUUUUGAAGCGUAACUGUUUUAUUUACUUGCUAUAAUAUCACCUUGUGUUCUGUACUGUCACUGAUUGUACGUGCCAUGGUUUCCUUACUUUUUUUUCUUUGUAUGAAAAGUAAAGAGCUAUUUUUUUUGUCGGUAUCUUUUCUGUAAUUUGUCGUCUCGUUAAAAAAGAAAAAGACAAACAAAAAAAGGACAUGUGGAAGUGAAAAGAAUUGGAACGCAGUGAGGCCUUAUGUGACUAAAAGUAUUGUUUGUACUUUGACUUUCUGGCCAGAACCCAGACUCAUCUGUCGCUGUUGUCUCAGACUCUCAUCACUGACUAUUACAUUCCAAAGAGUUGGAUCAAAUAAAUGUUUUAAGUAACAAA